AUGGGCGUGCUGAACCUCGACCGUUGGAACCAUGCCAACUCGACUAGAGUCAAGGAUGAAGACGAACACGACCCCCUGCUGAAGAUCCAAUCUCGCGUGGAGGAGGUUCCGCUCAACAUUACUGAUGGCGAUGUCUUCUCAGACGUCAUGGCUAAGCUUUUCUUCGGGGGCGAGGACGUCAUGCUCGACGUGUACGCUAAGGUCGAUGUCCAGAUCAAGACUGCCUUGGGCAAGGUGAUCCUCAGGGAUGUUCCUGCCGAGGGCAGUGUUCCAGUAAAACAUCUUCCCGGCGACACACUCGGCGGCCUCAGCCCGCAGGUCGGCGAAAUCAAAAUCCUCGGCACCUCGUCGUCAUCCGUUGACAUUGAAGCCAUGAUCAACAUGACGAAUCCCACACCCUAUGCCGCAUACAUACCUUACGUCAACAUACACAUUGCGAAGAACGGCUCCGUCCUUGGCAGCGCCACGGCAGAGAACCUGAACCUCACAAGAGGCAACAACACCAACAUCCGCGUUACUGCCCGAUGGGAUGCCAACGUGGCUGGCGGGAAAGGCAAGAAGAUCGGGGCCGAGCUCCUGUCGCAGUACCUGUCCGGCUAUAACGUGACCCUGGACGUGCAGACCCACCGCGACAGCAUCCCCGCCGUGCCCCUCAUCGGUGAGGCACUCUCGCACCUCAACAUCAGCAUCCCUGCGCCGAAGCUUGACCUUCCCAGCGAAGAUGGCGAGGAGGGUCACUUUAUCCGGGAUGCCGUUUUCCACGUCAUCUCCUCCACGGCUACUUUCACGCUCGUCUCCCCACUGCAUUACAACACGCUCUACAUAGACGCGGUCAACGCGACAGCCUACUACAACCAUACAGAGCCUGUGGGCCGUAUCGACUACGACUUGCCCUUUGCCGUCACGCCAGGGGCGACCAAAACGCCAAAGCUGCCGGUACAGUGGUCUGUCGGCUCUAUUGGCUACGACGCCGUCAAGAAGGCACUGGGGGGGCGUGCUGAAGCUAGAUGCCAAGGCGAACGUGACGGUGAGGAUAGGCAACUGGCGGGAGACGGUUUGGUACACGGGCAGAGGCAUUGGUGCACAUAUCAGCCUUUGAGAGGCAUGGGAACGGAACUGGAGUUUUGGGAUUUACUUGGCGCGCGUUCUUGUCAUCCUUCCAGCUGA